GUGACUGUUUUUCACAGUAAAACCGCAUUUUACGUGUGAAAAAAAAAAGUUGAGUUGUGUUUUAAAAUAAACAAUUGAAUAUAGUGCUCGCAUUGUGUGUGUAUCUUUUUUGUGAGUUUUAAUACAGCUAGCUGCCGGCAUGCCGUGGUCGUGAGAUGGACGGUAUUCAGAUGGAGCCCAUCGGCAAGUACAAGGCCGACCGCAACGGCUCCGCUAAGGCGGCCGCUUGGCGUAACAUGGUGGAUCAAGAUCUGGAUGACGUAGCGUUUUUGGCUGACACGGACAAAGCACGCGAGGCGCGCGAGCUAGGCGACGCGCCAGUCGCGGUGUGCUCCCAGCGGCGCGCGAUAUGUCUCGCCGCGUUAGUCUUAGCCGCGAUGCUGUCCACCGCGCUGCUGAUAGUGUACGCCACUCCACAACCCGAUUGUCCGUGCGCAGCAGAAGCAGAACUAUUACCUGGUCAACCUCCCACGGGGUCGGAAGAAAACGCCACCGCUGCCAACAAAGAGCGUAUAGCCAGCAAUGGGAUGGUGUUUCCAUGGCGCGGCGCGCGACUGCCCACGUUUCUGAUCCCCAAACACUAUAGUCUAUGGCUACAUCCCAAUUUGACCACGGGAGAACUAAGAGGCGAGGUGUCGAUAGACUUCAAGGUGGACCGCGACACGUUGUUCGUGGUACUGAAUGUGCGAGACAUGAACGUGACAGAACGCGUGCUGUUCCGAGCUGGUGGCACGUUUGGGCCUAAAGUGGUUAAGACGUUGGACUACCCGCCCGCUGAUCAGACCUACAUAGAGUUUAAGGAGAAACUGCGGCGCAAGUAUAACUACACGCUGAGUUUGCGUUUCAUUACCAAACUGGACCGUAGCGACAAACAGCGUGGCUUCUUCUUGGCCGGCACACAUAGACAUCGCUGCGCAAUCUCCCGUUUCUGGCUGACUCACGCAAGAUCAGCGUUCCCGUGUCUGGACGAGCCACACCUGCGCGCCACAUUCAAGCUGACGGUGGUGCGGGACCGGUUCCACGUGUCUCUCACCAACAUGCCCAUUGUGGCCACUGAGGAGGCUGGCUUUUACCUGGGCCAUAGACUGCUCCAAGACGAAUUCGCGGUGUCCCCACCAAUGUCCCCCCACAUGAUGGCGCUGGCUGUCUGCCGCCUGCAGAGGAGGGCGGCGCCCCCCCUGCCUUCGCACAACGCGUCCGAGCCCACGGAGGCGCCGGACGAGCUGGCACUACCUCCGCCAGAGGUCAGCCUGUACAGCGACCAGCAGGUCAUACUGGACGAGGCUGGUCCGCUGCUGGAGUGGGUGCAGAAGACGAUUCAGCUGUUCGCGUACGAGCUCAACACGUCGUAUCCGUUGCCGAAGUUCGAUAUCGUGGUGGUGGAAGGCGGCACCCAGUACUCCGAGGGUUGGGGUCUGAUCACGCUGGCGCCGUCCAUGCUGAGCGACACCAAGGUGAUAGCCAGGCUCUUGGCGCAGCAGUGGUUCGGAGGGUUGGUCUCGCCUCGCUGGUGGAGCGCCCAGUGGCUGCUGGAAGCGCUGACGUCAGUGCUGGGAGAGCGAGCUCCUGCGCUGGGGGGGGCGCCAGCAGAGCGGGAGCAGGAUGCGCUACUGCUGGACCAUGUGCUGCCCGCUCUCAGACUGGACUCCAGCAACUCGGUGCGCGCGGUCGCGUCGCCGAGACUGGAGCGAGCUGACAUUGAGUCUGCUGUUGAUGAACUGUCCUUGCACAAGGGCGCCGCGAUCGUGAGUAUGGCCAUAGAGGCAGCGGGGCAGGAGGCGGGACGCGCGGCGCUCGCGCGACUGUUGCGCGACCAUCGCUCGGCCAGCGCUGACGCCAGGGACCUCUGGCGUGCGCUACAACAUGACGGCACGGAUGAAGCUCCAGCCCACGCGUGGGACGGCUGGUGCGAGCGGCCCGGGUAUCCGCUGCUGUGCGCCAGGAUAUCAGGCAGCGACGUGGUACUCAAGCAGGAACGGUUCGUGAUGUCUGCGGAUCCUCCCGACCCUGAGCCGCCGAUGCUGAACCAUCUCCUCACCCUGGAGCUGAGAGCUGAAUUGGAUGAGCUGUUUUUUGAGCCAGAAAACUUCACAGAAGUAAUAGAAGAGGACGUCAACGCGACAACGACCACGCCGCCCCCGACCACGACCACCAAAAAAACGACAAUAAAGACCACGAAAGCACCGCCUGCACCCAAGUGGGUGAUACCGGUCACCUUCUCAGUGGGCCCCCUGGUGACCAGAGACGAGUUUGUCAACGAGACGAUACUUCUGAACGCCACUUCUGAGCAUCCGCCUUCUAAGGUGACCUGGUAUGAUAUAGUGCAAGCGAACGACACAAAAGCGUCGAGGUGGUCAGAAAAUGUUACAUAUCUUGUAUGGAUGAAUGAUACGGAAAGUCGGGGUAUGCCCGACUAG